UUUCCUCAAAAUGAAAAAGUACUCUUCUUUUUCCAAAGAAAAAAAAGUACAUGGGAGCGUUGGGGGGCGAUUGGCUUUGAAAAUUCGUUCGUCACAUCAGUGGAAGAGGCGGCCGAAGAGAGCAAAACUACUUUGGUUCUGUUGGCCCCCUUUCGACUUCGUCGUCGCCGUCGCCGUCGUCGAUCAUCAUCGUCUUCUUCAUCCUCGUCCUCUUCGUCCUAUAGGAAAGGCAGCCAACCAUAAUAUUCGAUUCUUCAGUUGUAUGAAUGCUGCUUUGGAACUUUUGUCCCGACAAGAAACAAGAGAGACCUGAACAAGAUACGAACAAAGUCCCUUUCUUCGUCGAGGCAGAAGACGCAAAUCCAAUUUUGAAUCACCAUAUUACUAAUCCGUCCAAAGCACGACGAACCACCUCCUUCGUCUUCCUCCACAAGCCCACCAUCAUCCCCUCCCCCCCCCCCCCCCCCCCGGUUACUGUUUGCUGCCGUCUCCAAUGGCGCGGCAGCAUCUGGAGCGGGCGGAGGUGUACGUGCCCCGCCCUCUACAAGCCUGGAGAGCUCUGAUGAAUUGGCUCGCCUUCUUCUUCCAAAUUUUCCUUCAGAUCCUGCGGGGCACGCCGUCGCUCGCCCAGGUCCUGUCCUACCUCGGCUUCAGGCAUUCGUUUCUCUCCUCUGCAUCCUCUUCUCCUUCUCCUCCACCGGCGGCGGAGGCUGUUUCCUUCAAGCCCUUACCCGUGGUCGAGAUUCCCCUCCAGGACUCCUUCCCUCCCGACCAUAUCAGCUCCUCCGGCAGUGAAGUCAGCGUCGUCGACGAUGACCUCAGCUUAGACAAGCUCACGGUUGUUCUCGACUUGGAUGAGACUCUAGUGUGUGCGUACGAUUCAACUAGCUUGCCCGAGAUUGUCCGAGCUCAAGCAAUAGAGGCUGGGCUCAAGUGGUUUGAGCUGGAAUGUGUAUCUUCUGAUAAGGAAUGCGAUGGCAAACCUAAGAUCAAUUACGUGACAGUUUAUGAGCGUCCUGGUCUGCAAGAAUUUCUGAAGGGGCUCGGCGAGUUUGCAAAUCUCAUCCUAUUCACCGCUGGCCUUGAAGAUUAUGCAAGGCCACUUGUUGACAGAAUAGACACGAAAAAGCUGAUUAGCCAGCGCCUUUAUCGCCCUUCUACAGUUAGCACGGAAUACAGGGAGCACGUGAAGGAUCUGUCUGGUCUAUCGAAAGAUCUCUCUCGGAUUGUUCUUGUCGACAACAAUCCAUUCAGUUUCUUGCUGCAGCCAUUGAAUGGAAUACCAUGUGUCCCGUUUUCUGCUGGGCAGCCCCAUGACGAUCAGCUUUUGGAAGUGCUACUUCCUCUCUUAAAGCACCUUUCUCAGCAAAAAGAUGUGAGACCAGUAUUGUACGAGAAGUUCCACAUGCCCGAGUGGUUUCAAAUGCAUGGAAUUCCUGCUUCUACUAUCAACGUGUGAGGAGAAGGGAUGUUACCGACCCUGCCAGCUGUUUAUGCUACUCGCAUUCUUUACGAGAGGACAGCUAACUCUUCUAGUGAGUUUCUGUACAUUAUGAUGCAAAGAAGCAGUUAGCUAAAAGUCUCGGCAUUCCUUUGAAUUGGCAAAAAGGCGGUAGCUGCUUUGAUCAUGGAUAGCUCCAUGGAUGAAGAAUCGACCAUCGGAAUCUAUCAGAGAUGGUCGAUAUUCUUUUUAUGUGACUUAUAGUGGCAUUAGGAUUGAUUCAUGUGUGAAUUUCACGAGAUUUUAGAGGGUUUCAUUUAGGCAGAUGAUUAGACGGUUUUAACAUGUAAUUAUCGGCCUGCGUUACAUGGACACAAAAUGCCUAUGCAGGAAUCUUCUGUAAUAUGAUAGUCGACCAUAUUGGUGUUCAUUGUCAUUUUGGAGUUUGUACAAUGUACCACUCGCCACAGCUAAUUCAAUUAGAUUUUUUCUUUUGAAACA